AUGAGAUUUUUUGCAUUUUUGUUGGCAGUUCUUCAACUAGCGUUAUUUAUUUCAGUGAUACUGACGCCAGUAUAUUUGAAAAUUGCUCCUUUUUCAUCAGAACCAGAUGAGAAAAACUCAACAACAGAAGAAAUUGCGAAGACAACACCAGCAAACAUCGACGAAACAACAAAAAAUGCUCCGAUUUUCACUACUUCAAAUUCCAUUGAAUCGAAAACAGAGAAGACUUCUCAGAAAAUUUUGACAACUGAAGGUCACCAGGUGGAAACGACACAAGCACUCAUCGAUGAAGCAACAAACAAACAAAACUGCUUCCCUGAUCGAAUCAACCACAGAAAUCUCUAA